UUUAAUUUGCAGUCGUAGGUAUCGUAAAUCGUGUAAAUCAAUCAAGCAAUAAUUUAAUAGAACGCAACGCCCACUACUCUGUACUCUGUUUUAGUUUUUGAUGAAUAUUUAAUUUCUAUCAACACAGUUCCAUUGUGAAAGAAAUCAGAUAAAUACUUCUAAGGAACUUGUACAAAGUUGCAAAAGAUUUUAUUGCAGUAACACUAAAUACUAGAUACUGGUUCUGGUUUUUGAUCUUAGACCCUGGCCCCAAACAAGUUGGUUAACAUGAAGAAAAAGGUUCUGUUGAUGGGGAAGAGUGGUUCCGGUAAGACGAGUAUGAGGUCUAUCAUAUUUGCCAACUAUAUUGCUAGAGACACUAGGAGACUAGGGGCCACAAUUGAUGUUGAACAUUCCCAUGUACGAUUCUUGGGCAAUCUUGUCCUCAACCUAUGGGACUGCGGAGGGCAAGAGGCGUUCAUGGAAAAUUACUUUGCAUCACAGAGAGACAAUAUAUUCAGAAAUGUGGAAGUUCUCAUUUAUGUGUUUGAUGUUGAAAGCAGAGAAAUGGAAAAAGAUACACAUUAUUACCAAUCAUGUUUGGAAGCUAUUUUACAGAAUUCUCCAGAAGCAAGAAUAUUUUGUCUAGUACACAAAAUGGACUUAGUAGCUGAAGAAAGGCAAGAAGAAAUGUUCAGAUCACGUGAAGAGGAUCUCAAAAGGCUCUCUCGACCUCUUGAAUGUACUUGCUUCCGAACUAGUAUAUGGGAUGAAACUCUAUACAAGGCAUGGUCAAGCAUAGUUUACAAAUUAAUACCUAAUGUCAAAGCAUUAGAAUCUUCACUAAAGCAGUUUGCAGCUAUCGUGGAUGCAGAUGAGGUACUUUUGUUUGAGCGGGCUACUUUUCUUGUGGUGUCACACUGCCAAAGGCGGCCGCACCGUGACGCGCAUCGGUUCGAAAAAGUCUCGAACAUCGUUAAACAGUUCAAACUGUCCUGUUCCAAGCUAGCGGCCCAGUUCCAAAGCAUGGAGGUGAGAAAUAGCGUAUUCGCGGCCUUUAUUGAUGGGUUUACGAGCAACACAUACGUCAUGGUCGAAAUGUCCGACCCCAAGAUCCCCUCCGAGGCAGCUCUCAUCAACAUCAGGAACGCGAGGAAACAUUUUGAAAAGCUCGAAAAAGUAUCUUCCAGCGCCCCGAGCCAGUACCAGUGAAGAGAUUUUAGUGCCUUAGGCCGGAAACAUACUUGUAACACGCUAACUAUCCGACGUCACGCAAUGCGUAUUGAGUCAUAACAAAAUUCAAACAGCCGGAAUAAUAAUCAUCUACUGCGCAAAACACCCUCUCUCUUAUAGAACAUAUGUGUAGGUUUUACAUAAUAUACCAUAAGUGAGAGACAGGAUACGACAAACCAUAAUAUUGUAGAAUUUAAGAAUCGCCCUACAAACGCAAAGUUUUAGUAGUGUGUCUAUGGCAUGGACACAGACAAGGCGAUGAUCAGCUUGUACGAAAACAAAUGUCACCAUUCCCUAUUUCAAAUUUUCGUUUAGGUAGAGGCUUGUCGAAAUCAUUAUUUGUCGUCACUCCUAGAGUCGAUUUCGUGUUUCAAAACACUGUAUCAAAUCGAAAUGGAACUAAAAACUUGGUUUUAAAACUCUAUUUUGUUUAGAAAUACUUUUAACAAAACUCUUGAAAAAUAAAAACCAGUAGAUAAGAAUUUGCGAGUCAGCGAUUAAAUCUUAAAAUUUACAUUUUAUAAUCUAUAGACUAGAAAACUACUCGAUAGGGUAAUAAAGAGUAGAGUUUAAAAAAUAAAAAAAACUAUUAAUAUAUAUAUUUUUUUAAGUAUUUAUUGUGCCCCAAGCACAGCAAUUUUUCAUAAUUUAAAGAAUUGUUAUGGUGGACUAAACGCUUCUCAUUGAGGGAGGAGACCCGUGCCCUGUAGUAUUAUAGCCGGUAAAUGGUUGAUGUGAUGAUCAAACAUCUUAAUACCAUUUUACUUUUUAAAUGUAUAAACUGCCAAAAACUCUACUGAUUGUAAAAGUAAAUCGUAUGCGCUUAGUACUAGAACGCGGCGACUUGGUCUCUAAUAUUCUUGAUGUCCCCUGC